UCCUAAUGCACCUUACUCAGCCUUGAGAUGCUUUGGUUCGCCAGUUCGUCUCGCCACCACACUCCACGCACGGCAAUCCGGGGUGAGCAACCACAGAUCAGUGCCACCAGAGCAAACCAUGGCGACGCAGCGACGGCUAGCCGUGCGAACAAGUCUUGUCAUACAACCACAUCUCCUCAGAUGGCCGGCACCGGAAAGAUACGGCACAUGCCACCCAUGUUCUGAGCCGCCCAGACGGUGCGGUGAGAAGGCAGGACAAAUGACCUCACUUGACUGGCCGCAUCAUUGAGCCGUCAACAAGAGCUAGCCAUCUAGCGCUGCCUAUCCGCUAGUUCUGGUGCUUUUUUGCCUAUCACCUAUCUAUCCUGAUUCCCGGAUUUCUCAGACGACCAACAUCCAUCCCCACAGGCUCCGAAGUAAGCCACGGCCUGGUCGACUGGUGCCAUUUGCCAGCAGCAGCCCCACUGCGGAAGCGAGGCGAUCAUGGAUCUGGGCCCAUCAACCCAUGACAGCCCAUUGACCAUGGUGUGGGGAAGGGAUCUCGUCUUGGGUCCUUGGGCCAGUGCCAGGAGUGCCCGCCAGCCCGCUCAUGUUUCCUAAUAAAGGGUCACCCGGCUCGUGGUCCUUAUGCCUGGGUGGUCCCAGGCGGGUCCAGUCAAGCCAGUCCCGGCCGCCGUUGUGUCUGUUGUCUGCUGCUUACCUACAGUGCGGUAUCGCCAUUGCUCAUGGCCCAUCCGUCUUGCGCGCCGCUCUCGUACAUUUGCAUUGCAUUGCAUUACCCUGGGUGCAUGUGGAUCUUCGCACCACUGCUCCGAUAUCUCUCCUUAGCUCCCACAUGUGCGCCGUUGCGGGCUGCGGCUUAUCCCUCCCAAUGUGUCAUAUCAUGGUCACCACCGCCUCCUCCGCCCUACACGACUCAUUCCCGUGCUCCCAUAACAUGUCGUGACCUCCGCCGCUUCACCAAGGCCGUUUGUCUGUCAGCCCUACUGGCUGUGUUAGAGACUGCCUUGCCCUUGUUAGUCGUUCCGUUGGUUUGCCCACCACAUCGUGCUUGCUGGCUUGGACUACGGCUCUGGCGCCCUUUAUUAGCACGUAUACCACCCCGUUAUUGAUUGUCACACUACUACCCAGGUCCUUGUUAGUGGCGAACGUCCCUCGGCGGAAUUGGCCUGGGCACCCGGUUUUGUUAAAAAUUGCCAUCCCCAGGUUUUUACAUCUUUCUGGCUUCCCGUCAUUCACACAUUAUAUACUUCCACGGCGGAGACCCAAGACUCAGAAGGGCAGGCAAAAUGGCCGGCAGCAAGCCCAUCCCAACCGGCAAUGACAGCAGUCGGUCGAACCCACCGUCUCAUGCCCAUGCCCAUGAUUUUGCAUCGUCCUUGGCAGCCUCCUUCCAGGCUGGCUCGCCUAUCGCUCAAGAGGCGCUAAGGCGGGAUCUUGAGGAAGACUCCGAAUGUGAGGCCGAUCUCACCUCGACCUUCGGCGAUGACCUUUCAGAUGAGGAGUCUCAUGGACCUGCCAUGUAUCGUAGGCCGAGCGCAGUCGCGUAUGGUACUACCCGGCCAGCCUUGGGGCCCAGAGGAGCAUCGACCGUGCUCACGCACGAGGAAUGGGAACAGUCCAGGAAUGCAGAGCUCAGCCUUUUGAGGGAUAAUCACAUCCUCCCACCGAAGCAUCCAGUGCCUGAGAAGGAGAGUCUCCCGCGCCGGAUCUACAAAAAGCUAUUCUCGACCAAGGUACCCCUCACAGACGACGACGACGAGGAUGCACCUCUGUCGCGCGUUGUGUCCGAGACGGCGCCUUUGCUGGCCCAGAUCAGCAGGAACGGAGAGGUCCCUCCGGCGGCGGAUGGGCUUCUGAAUGAGCAGUGGGAGGCUGCCGUGGCCUCAGGCAAGCUCAAGACGACAUGGCAGAGAGAAGCCAAGACGAUCGCAACCUACUCGAGAUCCUUGAUCAUCACAUUCCUCCUCCAGUACUCUAUCAAUGUCGCCAGCAUCUUCGCAGUCGGCCGUAUUGGCACGAUCGAGCUCGGUGCUAUCAGUUUGGCAACGAUGACAGCCAACAUCACCUGCUCAGCUCCCUUCCAGGGGUUGGCCACCAGCUUGGACACGCUUUGCGCUCAAGCCUACGGCUCCGGCCACAAGCACCUCGUAGGGCUGCAAAUCCAGCGGAUGAUCAGCUUCCUGAUGCUCCUCUUCCUGCCGCUCAUCGUCCUGUGGAUGUAUUCCACGGAGCUGCUGGCCAUGAUGAUCCCAGAGUACCGCUCAGCAGAACUCGCUGGCAUGUACCUGAAGAUCUAUCUCCUUGGUGUUCCCGCUUUUAUCGUAUUUGAGGGAGGGAAACGUUUUGUGCAGGCUCAGGGUCUCUUCCACGCGACCACAUACGUCCUGCUAAUCGCGGCACCACUGAACGCCUUCUUCAACUGGUUUUUUGUCUGGCAUCUUGGCCUGGGAUUUGUCGGGGCACCGAUCUCGGUUGCCAUCACUCAGAACCUGCUGCCAAUGCUACUCUUCCUAUACGUCUACUUUGUGGACGGGAUGCAAUGCUGGGGAGGGUUCAGCAAGCGCGCACUGACUAACUGGGGCCCGAUGAUACGCCUCUCAAUCCCCGGGAUGAUCAUGGUCGAAGCAGAGUGGUUUGCCUUUGAGAUCCUGACACUCGCAACCGGCCAAUUCGGCUCGACCUACCUAGCUGCACAAUCGAUCCUCAUCACGAUCACGUCCACCACAUUCCAGAUCCCCUUCCCAAUCGCCAUCGCAUCAUCGACACGUGUGGCCAACCUGAUCGGCGCCGGCCUGGUCGACGCCUCAAAGACGUGCGCAAAGGUCGCCUUCUGGGCCGGGUGCCUCGUCGGCGUCCUCAACGUGACCAUCCUCUCGACCCUGCGGUACCAGCUGCCCCUGCUCUUCACCUCGGACAGCGACGUGAUCGACCUCGUGGCCAAGACGAUGCCCAUCUGCGCCGUGAUGCAGUUCUUCGACUGCCUCGCCGCCAUCUCGCACGGCCUGCUGCGCGGCACGGGCAAGCAGGAGUUUGGCGGCUACGCCAACCUCGUCUCGUACUACGUCGUCGCGCUGCCGCUGGCCUUCGGCACCGCGUUCGGGCUCGGCUGGAAGCUCCUGGGCCUGUGGUUCGGCGUCACGCUGGGGCUGGCCCUCGUCAGCGUCGUCGAGCUGUGGUACCUCGCGCGGUCCGACUGGGAGCAGUCGGCUAAGGAGGCUGAGCAUAGGAACGCGAAUGCGUGA